AUGUGUGGUGUCCUUGUUUUGUCCGUCCUUGAUCCAGGGCUCCCUAUUGUUCUGUGGGAGAAUGCGGUUUACUUUUGGACUGACCUGCAGCACUACCAUGAGCUGUUCUAUCAGGACGGACUGGACUAUUACAGAGUGCAGAGGGAAGCACAGCUCCUUUACUCCACCUAUCUCUUCAGCUCUGCCAGGAGGAGUAUUGGUGUUGAUGAGGAGAUCAGAACAGUGGUGUAUGACCAGCUCAUGCCUGCUUUUGAGGAAGUGUUUGACAGGGUUGAGGAACACACACUAAACAUUCUGCUGGAGCCAUGGACGCUGCUGCUCAGCAGGGAAAAAGAGUCUUUUCAGAAGGUCUUAAUGCAGGACGAGGUGCGUCGAGUGGACAGUCAGGAGUACAGGGACCUGCAGAGUCUGUACGAAGAGUCAGAGUUCCGCCUGAAACAGGUGGAGCAGUCCCAGUCCAUAUUAUUUCCUUCUCCUAUUAACUCUUCAACUCCCUUCACAAAGGGCGCCCAUGCGCCUAAUUCUUGGUCCCGAGUGUCUCCAAAUCUUAAAGGCUACCUUCUGGGUUCCUUACUCCGUCACCACCAUGAGAUAGGACACUUUAUGUCCUUCCUACUGAAUCACGAUGCUAGUCGUUACAGGGGUAAAGCAGCAAGCUUUGGAAAGAACCCCCCUCACUCAUACCUCAUUCACAUCAACGCAACUCUGGUUCAAGCUCCGUGCUAG